AUGCCGUCCUCUACCCCGACUGUUCCUUCCUCUCCAAUCGAAGCCGUUGGAUCGCCGUCGAGUACCAAGCUCACUGGAUCUGUCGAAGAUUAUUCCCUAUACAUAAUGCAAAUGAUGCUGUUCAAUUUUCACAGAAUUCGCCAUCCAAAUAUGAUUGAAAUCAAUGAUACAUGUGCUGAAGAUCCUCCGCAAGCUGAUGCAUUUCGAAUGAUUUUAAUUGUUGGAAUCGGGACAGUUGUCUGUUCGAUCGGAAUUGUUCUCAACAGUUUCCUUCUUCUUUCAUUCCGACGUCUGGAUGUUUUCCGAUCGAAUCUCCUCUAUUUGUUUCUUCUGGCUUGUCUCGAUAUUCUUGUUGAACUUUGUUUCAUGUUAAUCUUCCCAUCAUCCCUUGUCUGGGAUUACUUCCGCGUGGAAUUCCUCUACACUUGUUGGCAUUUCUAUAUCAAAUACGUGUCAACUGUUGGCCAAGUUCUCAUUGCUGCAUCGACUCUUCUUAUCGUCGCUGCCUCAUUCGAACGAUACAUUUGUUCCCUGAAAUCUUCUAUCCAAUUCUCUCCUCAACGAAGAUUUCUUUUCAUUUCAAUCGUUGGAACAUGUGCACUUUUUAUGAAAGGAUCCGUGUUCUUUGAACUCGAACUACAGUCACUUCCACAUUGUCCACCUUUCCAGAAUCUGAGACUGGAUCUCUCAGAAAUUACUAGAAGUGAGAGCUACAAAACGAUAUGGAUGUUCUGGUGUCGAUCAAUUUUCAAUGUAUUCCUCCCGUUUUCUCUAUUAUUAAUUCUCAAUUCUCUCACAAUUACGAAUCUCAAUAAAUUACAUAUCAAUGGAUUUCAAUCAGUUCUCGUUGAAAAUCGUUGUCAGAGUGAUGCGACAUCUUCUGAACCUUCAUUGCCUGAUAAUAUCUCUUGUCGACCACUUCUCGGACCUUCUAUCACGUCUUCUACAAUCAAUAGCUUCGCUUCUUCGAAUGAUCAAAUGCCAACUCUUCUCCGUCGAAACUCGGAAGCAUGUGCUGCUCGUCGUCGGAAGCGUGAUGCGACACGCACGUUGGCAGCUCUUAUUACUAUCUAUCUAUUGACAAAUACAUUAAACCUGCUGAUAACCAUAAUGGAAUUCAUUAACCCCGAUGUAUUAGGUAGUCUUGGAGAGGGAUGGACAUACAAAUAUUUGGCCGACUUGUCAUCAGUACUCACAAUUUCUUCAACUGCAUUCCGACUUCCUGUCUAUUUUCAUUGCAAUGGUGAUAUACGAGCUCAGAUUCGAGAUUUUGCGAAAAGUUGUUUUAUUGAUCAAAAUGAGAAGAAGAAAUUGGGAAAACUAACAAUGCCCAUCGCAUCCUCUUCAACUGAAUCCGUAUUAUGA